CAGGUGCUUUCGGUUCUCUUCCGGGUUUUCGGUUCAUGAUAUCUUGCUACUGAUUUCGCUUUACGACGCUCGGAGGACGGCGUUGAGAGGGGUGAUGAUUCAAAGCUGUCGAUUCUCAAGCUUGAUGCUGUUUGAACGACACCAUAUUCAUGCGCGCCAGUCAUGGGUCCGCACGCCUCAAAGACUGUUCUCUAUAACUGCACAAUGCAAUGCAGCUCCACGCAAGGCAAUGCAUAUGGAGGAUUUUCCGUGUGAAGUCAUACGGAACUUCUCUAUAAUUGCCCACAUAGAUCAUGGUAAAUCGACUCUGGCAGAUAGGCUGCUUGAGCUUACUGGAACCAUUGACAAGAGGCAAAAGGGGAUCAAUCAACAAGUACUGGACAAGCUGAAGGUGGAGCGAGAGCGAGGCAUCACAGUGAAGGCUCAAACUGUCAGCAUGAUACAUAAUUGUGGCGGGCAACGACAUUUGCUCAACCUCAUUGACACUCCUGGUCACGUCGAUUUCGCAUGGGAAGUUUCCCGAUCUCUUGCAGCAUGCCAAGGCGCACUGCUUCUCGUAGACGCGACGCAAGGCAUCCAGGCGCAAUCAAUAUCGGUCUUCCAUGUCGCCAAGGAAAGAGGUCUGCAUAUUAUACCGAUAUUGAACAAGAUUGAUCUUCCCGCUUCUCAGCCGGAGGUUGUUGCGGCGCAGAUGCAAUCAACGUUUGGCAUCGAUCCGGCUGAUUGUAUACAAAUCUCUGCGAAGACCGGGAUGGGCGUGGAGCAGAUUCUGCAGGCGAUCGUAGACCGGAUUCCACCACCGAACGGAGAUGUCUCGGCACCUCUGAAGGCAGUGCUCUUCGAUUCUUGCUACGAUCGUUACCGGGGUGUUAUCUCGCUUGUCAGCAUACAAAGCGGCGUUCUCCAGAAAGGUGACAGGAUUGCGUCUUGCCAUACUCGGAAGAAAUAUGAGGUCCUCGAGUUAGGCAUCAUGCAUCCUGAAGAAGUCCCCACUGCCAGUCUUCGACCAGGACAAGUAGGAUACAUUGCUUGCAGUAUGAAGGAGUCAUCGGAAGCUCAUGUUGGCGAUACAUUGCAUCGUGUUGGAGAGACCGUUGAGCCUAUGCCAGGCUUCAAGCCUGCUAAGGCGAUGGUGUAUGCUGGUAUCUAUCCAAUGGAGAGCAGCGAGUUUCCCAAGCUGGAAGAGUCGAUCAAAAGGCUGACGCUCACAGACCGAAGCGUGGAAGUCAACCGCGAGUCAUCUACUGCCCUUGGGCAGGGAUGUCGCUUGGGAUUCCUCGGGACCCUUCACAUGGACGUGUUCCGACAACGGCUGGAGGACGAGUACGAUGCGAACAUUAUCAUCACUGCACCUACUGUGCCGUAUAAGGUCGUAUAUAAGGAUAGAACUGUGAUCGUCAGCAAUCCGACAGACUUCCCGGACGUUACGGAUACCACGAACCAGCUGAUUGAAGUCCAAGAGCCAAUUGUCAAUGCCUCAAUCGUCGUCCCGCAGGAGUACGUCGGCGACAUGAUGGACCUCUGCUUCCAGCACCGAGCGGAGAAUGUCGACCACAAAUAUCUGGACGCAUCGGGCUUGGCAUCUUCUCGCAUCAUAUUGACGUGUACGAUUCCGCUGACGGAGAUCGUCACGGACUUCUUCGAUAAACUCAAGAGCAGGAGCUCGGGCUUUGCCAGUUUCGACUACGAGGAUGCUGGGUAUCAGAAGAGCAGCAUGGUCAAAAUGAUCUUCUUGCUCAACAACAAACCCGUCGACGCCCUCGCGCUGAUUGUUCAUCGAUCAGCGGAGCAAGAAGUUGGCAGAGCGUGGGUGAAGAAGCUGCAUAAAGUCAUUCCCCGGCAGCUUUUCGAAGUUCCCAUUCAAGCAGCUGUAGGGCGUCGCAUCAUCGCGCGAGAGACGCUCUCGGCUAUCCGGGCUGAUGUCACGGCCGGCUUGUAUGGUGGGCAUUAUGAGCGCAAGAUGAAGCAUCUAGAGAACCAAAAGGAGAGUAAGCGCCGGAUGAAAAAGAUAGGUAGUGUGGAGCUCCCACAAGAGGCCUUCUAUGAUAUCUUGAGGUCAAAGCCGUCAUAGCCUUUACAUGUAUCAUACCAUGCUAGUUCAUAUUUUAUGUGUAUUUCUCUG